UAGAGUUGGGCCGGCACAAGAACACAUCCCCGCACACCCCACCACUGCGGCUUGUAAGAACAACUUGGAGUGGGAGAAAGAGCUGGGGGCUGGAGCCUCCCGCUGUGAUGUGAAGGGUGCAGUGCUUGUGAAUGGGGAUGGGACGGACAUUGGAAGUGAGAAUAGCCGGCAUCUGCAGAGCUGGGGAAACCCGGUAUCAGUGUGAGCACUGGAAGCCUGGGGAGAGAAGGGAGUGAAACUGAAAUACAAUGUUAGUAAUGGCUGUGAUGAUGAGAGUUUGGGAAGUGAAAAGGGCUUGGGAAAAACAAACUGAGGAAUGCAAAGUUGAGCAAGGUUAACAGGGAUGUCCUUACCUAGAAGAAGAGGUAAGGGGAGCCUGGAAGGACUCAGGGAGAGUUCCACCCUGCCAGGACUGAAAGUAGCAGGGGAAGCAGGCUGAAGAGGUUUAUUUUCUGGUACCUCUGGGUGCGUCUUACUGUUACCCGUAGAUGAUUUUUGUAAUAGUUGUAGCAGCUACUGGCAAGAGAAGUUUACUUUUUUUUUGGACCAAUUAAAUACAGGCUAGGAGAACAAGUAGGAAUAUAUAAAUUCUUGUACAUGCCGGGUUCUCCAAAACGAUUAUUUGGGCAUGACAUGUUAGAAUAGUUGAAUGUGGAGAUUAAAUUCAGUAGAGACGAUUGGACCUACUUGUCAAGCAAGAGCAAUGGACUGAAAAUUUUAAGUCUGGCUUUAACACAAACUGGGAAAAGCAAUGUUGUACUCCCAGAAGUUACGUAAAUCCUACAUUGGGUAUACACAGGAUUGCAGGCAUCAGGGAUGCCUGGCAGAGCCAAAAAUGCAGCCCAAUGAAAGUUAAGUUAAAGAUGGGAGCCAGCCCAACCAGGGUAAAGCAAUGCCUUUUGAGGAUACGAUAUUGUAGGAGGGUAAAAGAAAUAAUAACUUUUUGGAUUUUGGAUUACUAAUUGGAUAGAAAUCCAAAUACAACACCCAAUCUUGCAAAUGAAAAAUUGGAUGGCAAGAGCUAUCGUUUGGUACAAGGUUUGAGGGCAAUUAAUAGAAAAGUUGAAUAUAUACAACACAUGGUGUAUAUCUUUAUUAACCAAGUUAAGGAAUAAGUAGGUGGGUUUUACCGUUCUGGACUUGAAGUACACCUUUUUCUGCCUGGUUUUGCAAAAGAAAGUCUAAAAUUAUUUGCCUUUGAAUAGAAAAACUCAAAUAUGGAGAGAAGAAAAAAAAAAUAAUAAUUAAAAGUAAUAAUAAUAAUAAUAAUUCAGUUAACCUGCACAGUGUUACCCAGGGUUGUGAGAACAGCCCAAUGAUUUUUGAGAACUGGUCAACUCGUGAGCCUGAGAUUUGGGUUCACCAUCUCACAGUGGAACUUUACUGCAGUACGUGGAUGCUACAGUAACAAAGGGCUGUGUGCAAUAGACUGUGAGCUUGCUGAAUUUCUUGAUUUAAAUGGCUAUCAAGUUUCUCAACAGAAAGAACAACUGAUCAAAGAGAAGGAAGCAACUUGCUGAACACCCAGAACACCAACGCAGAGCUGCCUCCAAGCCAGCAAUGUGCGACUGCAUGGAGGCUGUCUGUGCAAGUUGGUCAGAGCUACAGGAGGAACCGUUGGACGAUGCUGAGGAGUCCUGGACGAUGCUGAGGAGUCCUGGAUUCAUCGACGGAAGCAGUUUUGUGAAGACAAGGAAACCGUAAGGCAGGACAUGCAGUAACUGCUACUGACAGGGUAAUUGAAGCACAACCAUUACCUGUGGGGACUUCCACUCAGAAGGCUGAAAUAAUUGCCUUGACAAGAACCUUAAAUAUAUGGAUGGAUGCUAAAUAUGCUUUUGGGGUGGUACCCACUCGUGGUACCAUCUGGAAAGAGCAAGGAUUGUUUACACACAAGGAAAACAAAUUCAGCAUGAUGUAAAUCUACCAAAGAACAUCAUGGCUGUUAUACAUUGUAAAGGACAUCAGAAGAGUGACACUGUACAGGAAACUGGAAAUAUGAUGAUGAAUCAGGUGGCAAAACAGGCAGCUGAAGGAAAAGAAAUUGGUGAACAGCUUUAAUUCCAGACGGUACACUUGAAAUACCUGAACCUUAGUCAGAACCUAUAAGGUACUCUAGAAAGGAUAGGAAUCUAAUGAAUGAAGGGAAGAGAGCAAGCUGACAGAUGGGUGCAUACCCAGAUGGACACACUGUUGUGCCCGUUAGUAUUUUAUAGCAUUUGGUUCUAAGGGAACAUAAUAAAACAUGGGGGGGUUCAGACACCAGAAAGUAACUGUACAAUCCUAGUACCAGGAACAGGGUACGAGUGGGGCUUGUUGGAAAGGGAACCUUCCAGGACAACAAUUGCAAAUUGAUUUUUUUUUAACUGCCAGGAAAAAUGAGGGUUUUGAUAUAUGCUAGUUGUAACCAAUACCCUUUCAGGGUGACCAGAAGCAUUCCCUUGCAGGACCAAUAGAGCCAAGAAAGUAACCAAGGUGCUUUUGCAGGAGAUUAUUCCAAGGUUUGGGUGUCCUGCAACAAUACCCUUCAACCAGGGAACUCGUUUUAUUGCAGAGAUUGUCCAAGAGGUCAGCAAGCAUUGGGAAUAAAUUGGCAAUUGCACACAGCACACAGACCACAGGCGAGUGGUCAGGGGGAAAAGAUGAACUGUCUAAUUAAAUCACAGGGUGUAAAACUGGGACAGGAAGCUGGACUAUCCUGAUCACAGUUGUUGCCUUUGGCUCUCCUUAGUACCAGAACAAAACCUAGAGCCAAAGAUGGGUUAAGUCCUUUCAAAAUACUGUACAGAAGGCCUUAUGUUGUACAAAAGGGGAUUUCUACCCAAGUAGGGAGCAAAAUACUAACUGAGCAUGUGAUUAGUCUGCAGGAAUAGCUUUGAGAAAAAGAGAAACUGGUUCUAGGAACUAGAGCCCAAGGCCUUGAUAUGGCUCGAUAAUAUGUAUGUAACAAAUCUCUUUUAAGAUUCGCCCCUGGGACCAAGGUGGGUAGGUCUGUUCCAGGUGCUGCUAACAUCCCACACAACAGUGAAAGCAUUGUGGAUAUAUCAUACUAGAGGUAAGAAGGUCCCUCAAACAGAAUGAGAACUGAAAUCAGCUGGACCCUUAAAAUUGUGAAUCUAAGGACAGAAAUGUGGGCUCUUGUAACUGUUAGAAAUUUUGAUUUGAUGAGUGCAGCAUUUGAUGUAAAUACUUAUGUAUUACAUAUCAAUAUUGUUUGGUAUGUGGGCAAGCUAAGGAUUUAAACUUUUUUUCUUCUUGUUGUUCCUGAUGAUUUUAAGGCAAGAAAUCAAACUGUUGCAGGGUUUGAGUCACUGUCCUGGUGGGUGAUGAUCAACAAGAAUGUAGAUUGGGUUAACUACAUCUGUUAUAAUCAAUGGAGAUUUACAAAUUAUACAAGGAGUGCAAUAAAGAGAAUUGCAGGACAGUUAUAUGCCACAAGUAGGGUGGCCUGAGAAAAUAGGAUCUCCUAAGAUAUGAUAAAGGAAUGUAUAUGUAACACUGGGUACUCGUUGUUGCACCUUUAUCCCAAUAACACAGCUCUGGAUGACAUAAUAAUGAAGGCAGUGCAAGGACUUGGUGCCACCCUUGGCAAUGAAGUGGCAGAAAAGAAAUCAGGAAUAGAUACUUCUGUCACUGGAUGGUUGGAGUUCUGGUUUGGUAAAUGGAAAGGGGUGAUUGUAUCUACAUUUACUUCUUUGAUAGUAGCAGCAGGAGCCUUGAUGGCCACUGGUUGCUGUGUUACCCCCUUUGUGAGGGGACUAGUAGAGUGAGCACUAAUAGAUAGUAAUAUAGAUAUAAUAAUUACUAUAAUAAUGUAGAUAAUAAUGAUAGAGAGAGCACUAUUGAAGCAAGCACUAAGGGAGCCAUGACAUUUGGAAAAAAUUUUGGUAUUAGAGGAGAUGGGAGAUAAAGAAAGUGAAGAUGAGGGCGAUGUCUAUAAAAGUGAACCUUAAAGAAUUGCAGAAAUCAACAAUGUAUAAAAAAGAAAAAGGGGGGAAUUGUGGGAAUCAAGUGUUGUUUCUGCAUUAGAAUUGUAUAAUAUUAUUUUUAUUUUAUGAUCUCCGCUAUCAUAGUUCCCAGGAACACACUGUAUAUAUGUGUAUAUAUGUACAUUUUGUCAUACACACUGCAAGAAUAUCCUGCACGAGAGCAAACCAGAGAACAAGUCAUGGCAGCCCGAGGAAGCGCCUGACAUUGGGAAGGCCUGACAUCAUCCCCCAGUGCUCUUUGUUUAACGAUGAUGACUUUAAAGAAAAUCACCAUAUCAAUAGGACCAGGAGAGCACCGAGACAUCUUGGAGACAACAGGAUGACUGCUGACUGGCACCAGAUAACAAGUAAAUAGCAAAUGUAAACCUUCUGAUAAGAUUGUGAACCUGGAGUACCCAGCCAGUGGGGAAACAGGGGAGGGGGAAGGCAAGGGGGAGUAAACAGGGUAUAAAGGCUGCCAUGUUGUGUCCAUAGGCGCGCUCCUACUUGUGGGACGCCCGCCAUUGCAAUCGCGAAUAAAUUCUGCUUUUAUCAGAGAUACCGUCCUGACAAAAUUACUUGGAUUAUUUCCAACAACACUGUACAUGGGAAGUUUAAGAAUAUUUGUAGAGACAAGUUGUACAUACGCAAGAAUAUGAGAGGAUAUUUUGACUGAUUCUGAGAAAGUAGGUGUAGAUGUGGGAAUCAAAUGUUGUUUUGGCAUUAGAAUUGUAUAAUAUUAUUUUUAUUUUAUGAUCUCCGUUAUCAUAGUUCAUUUUGGGAGUCCCUCUACUUAACUUGGGGAAGAUCUCUGAUAAGUUUACAUCACUUAUCUUAUAGACGAACCUUCCCAGGAACACACUCUGUAUAUAGGUGUAUAUAUGUAUAUUUUGCCAUACACACUGCAAGAAUAUCCUGCAUGAGAGCAAACCAGAGAACAAGCCAUGGCAUGCCCGAGAAAGCGCCUGAAGAAACAUUGGGAAGGCCUGACAUCAUCCCCCAGUGCUCUUUGUUUAACUAUGAUAAUGACUUUAAAGAAAAUCACCAUAUCAAUAGGACAAGGAGAGCACCGAGACAUCUUGGAAACAACAGGAUGAUUACUGACUGACACCAGAUAACAAAUAAAUGAACAAGUAAAUAGCAAAUGUAAACCUUCUGAUAAGAUUGUGAACCAGCCAUAAGAUUGUGUACCCAGCCAGUGGGGAAACAGGGGAGGGGGCAGGCAAGGGGGAGCAAACAGGGUAUAAAGGCUGCCAUGUUGUGUCCAUAGGCACGCUCCUACUUGUGGGACGCCCGCCAUUGCAAUCGCGAAUAAAUUCUGCUGUUAUCAGAGAUACCGUCCUGACAAAAAUUACUUGGAUUAUUUCCAACAUAGAUUAUUCUGAUAUUGCAAGUUCCAACAUGUUACUGUCAUAUUCUCCACCCCAAUUGCUGAGUUAUUGUGAUUGCAGCUCUUGUUCCUAGUUGUAGUGAUACAGCAAGGAACCAGUAAGUGAGCAUGAGUGCCAGAAGCAUCUGUUUCGCCUUUGUUCACUCUACACCUCCUUACAUGGUACAUAAUUCCAAAACAAUUCUACAGAAAUAUGUUCCAUAUCAAUUCCCCCCUUUUCUAUAAUCUAGCAAGCGUCACGUCGCUAGAUGAUGCCAUUCUGUCCUGGGGAUUUAUGAAAAACAUGAAAAACAAGCCCCGCUCUCCAUCUUUUGGCGUAUCUUAUGCUGUUUCCAUUAAACACACUCAAGAAACAACGUAACAACGCAUACGAAUAUUCCAAGAGUAAGACUGCGCGCACCAUGAAGAGUGGCUUUAGCCAGGCAAAGCUCGCUAACCAACUGGUUAAUCUGCUCCACAGUUCUGUAGGUCCAGACGAGGUAUUAUCCAAAAUAACGUGGUGGAUCACCUGAGUUUGUUCCCACAGUUCAGCAUGCACAUCUGUUUCUUUUCUUUGAGUUUUCUCAGUUUUGAUUACUUCCAGCGUGCACCCCUCCUUCUUUGGCUGUCAGGAGAUCAAGAGCCGUUCCAUUCUGCAAUACUACUUGAUGAAGAGAGGACACCUCUGUCUGCAGUCCAAGUAUAGCAUCCAUAGUUGAGUUCUUGAUAUUCUCUAGUGUAGCUGCUAUACUGACAAUUGCCUUUUCUGAUUCCUUUACUCCUAGGCUAGGAAUAAACCAUCCCAUAAAACUAUGGAACCCAGAGGGCCUGUCUAUAAGGGGGUUAUUCCCCGCUUCACCCUUUUCCAAGAGGUUCUCAGUAUCCCUGGAGGAGGAGCUGUUCCAUUGAAGCACUAAUAUCCUCCUACAUAAUGUCCUUCUAGUUCUCAGAAACGGUCUUACACUGAGGCCUGUCUAUAGCUGUACACUGAAUUCAGGUCCUUUUUCCUACUGUCACCAUCAUAUUUGUACACCUACGCCUACUUCCUGCUCCACCCCAUGGUGUCCAAUUGGUGGAGGGAGUCCCACACUGAGGGAUUUCCAUUCCUCCAUCUCUUGGUAAGGCUGUACAUAUCCUGCAAUCAGGGAGCUUUAGGCUAACCGCUAUGCUGUCAAGGUCAAGCUGACCAGCGGCAAACCUGAGGAGGGUGGCUGACGGAGGUGAGUGGCCUGUGUGCCACGGGACGGCACGAGAGGGAUGAGCCCAGCUCUAGUGCCAUCUCCUUCAGGGCAGGAUGGAAGAUCCAGCACUGUUGCAUGCAGCAAAAGGGUCACGAUUAAUGAGACACUUGACCAAGAGCAUGUUGUUCCAGUUCACUGUGCACGAUGAAAGCUUUUGUUCUGCACAAACAACAGACUCUGUGUCUAACUGCCACAGGUAAACCUUAACUGCUUUGCCCUCCCCAACCUGUAGGAGGACCUUUGGAUAGGAAAGGGCAUAGAGAGUGUUUAACCAGUAUUCCAUAGUUGUAUAUCCAUAUGCAACACCACCUUGUCAUCCCUAGAGAAGUCCGGAGCUCCUUUGCUGUUGGCAAUUCCACAGUCUGGCAAGUUGCUUCCUUCCUCGUUGUUCUCUAGGGUUUGGGAUCCAGCAGCCACUCCAUAACCCACAUAGGUUGCUUAUGGCCGUGCCAUCCGGGCUUUCUGUGGAGAAAGUCGAUAGCCAUGAAGUCUGAGAAAGUUUCCUAGACUAAUUGUCCUUGCUAUGCAUGCCUCCUUUGUUUUGGUAGCCUUCAGAAGGUCAUCCAUGUACUGUGGAUGAAGUUCCUUGUCCUGGAGCCAUAGCCACUGCUCCAGGCCUUUGGCAAGUUGGUUCCUGAAAAGAGUGGGGCUAUUUUGAACACUGCGGGAAGCAAACAUUAGCUGAUUCUCUGGACUCAGUGGUAGACAAAAGACGGCAUCUUCUAGGUCCAGAAGGGUAAACCAUGCCAAUUCACCUGAUAAUUCUGUAUGCUACCAAUGGGUAUAAGUCCUACACUGUUCUAUUGAUGGCCCUUAAAUCUUGUACUCACGCUCCAAUAACAACCCGAAUUUCUGAAAACUGUCAGUUAUUGGCUGGAUUCCUUUCCCACCUCCGAAUUUGAGGGGGUACUGCUCAAUCCGAACCGGCUGAGCUCCCUGCUUUAUUCCCAUUGCUAUUGGUGCUGCAUUCUUAGCUCUUCCUGGGGUUUCUGCCACCCACACCCCAGGACACACUUGAUCACUUCCUUUGCCUGGGAUCCUGCUCCCAGCAGGGGUAGUGAGCAAUGCAAAAAACUAAGCACCUCUGUGAACUGUUCUUCUUCUUGUACCUUAAAUUCUAAUUCUCCUUUCAACUUGAUUUCAGCUUCCAGUUGUUCUAGUAAAUCUUGCCCUAGAAAAGGCUUUGGUGAAUUUGGCACCAAAAAAAUUUGUGUAUUCCUACCUGUUUGCCUAUACUAAGUUGUAAAGGCUUAAGAAAGUAAACCUGCUCAGGUUUGCCAGUGGCUUCCCUUACGGUUACAAAUUCAUCACUUUCAUGCAAAUUCACACACAUUCAUCUGGAGUUAGAGAAGUAUUUAACACCCAGUAAGUUGCUCCAGUUACUACACAUUCCACGCUUUGCUGCAAUUCCUUCCUUAGCUUAAUCUUCUCCACCCUUAACUGUCAUUGCAUCUGUUACCAAAUCCAGUGCCUCUUUUGCACAAACUGCUUUCCCGUUCAACGGGGAUGGAACCCUCCUGGGCCUUUCCAGCUCCCCCCCUUCAGCUCUUCCUGAGGAGAUCUCUGGGUCCUAGAGCCCUGCUCUCAGCUCCUCCCCUCCUAAGGCUUCCCGGGCUAACACUGGCAGAUCAAGUUUCCCAGGUCCCUCCAGAUGAAGGCUAUUUCGGCUCAUCUCCUGCCUUCACAAGAACACCAUUAACUGCUAAAUGGUCAUCAGCUUCCAACCACCAUUAAUUUCUCACAGGGUCCUCAGGCUCCCCAGAAAUACCGGAAGUGGGGGUUGCCUCGGAACUUCCUUUCCCCGUGCUCCUCCAUACUCAAUUUCAUUGAUUCUUUGUUGUUCCCCAAAGUCCACACCUCACAGCUACCAUGUUAGUGUGACCAAAUGCAUAUUCCUCUUUAAACCCCAGACCACAACGCCAACCAAAAUGCCAGUUUCCUCUAUUGCACAGUAAUUCCUGGACAGGACUACAGGUCAGGCCUCAGAUAACAAAUACAGGCUUAAGCAACUAUCCAGUUAAACUCCAUUCCCACAUUCACACCACUCGCCUUUGAUCCAAUAUUUAGCAUUCACACCUGACAGCAGCAGCUUAUAAAGUCUCUUUUGCUGGGUAAUGGACGGCACGGGAACACCGAAUUCCCUGGGCAAGAGCUAAAACCAACGUCUCCCAGCAACAAGAGCACUUUUAUUGUAUGUGGAAUUCCACAAGCAAUAAUUUUAUAACAGAUACACUUAACAAUCACAAGGAUAAUGACAAUGAAAAACCAGUUUGGACAUUUACUCAUCACAUGAUCCUACCAGGCCCCUUCCUGGCAGCUAACUGCAAACGCCCCCAGAUACAUUUUGUUGUAAUGAUUUUCCAAAGUAUUACAAAGCUUACAUUCCUGAGCGCAUUAUAGCCUCACUCACAGGGUGCCUUGCAAGAUUUCACCUGUGAAGUUCUUGGAAUUCUCGAGAUACCUCCCGCAGUGGGACCUUGCUCCUGAGAAGUGUGCUCCCACACCGACUGCCAUCACCCAACCUACACCCAUGGAUCCACCUUCAAGGGGAGCACCCUCACUCCUUCACCUCCACAUAGGACGUCACCUUAAGACACAUGGCCCCCUGUACUUGUAACAAACCUGGUCCAUACCAGGCCUCAUUCGCUGCCCAACAGUGGAUGUGUGGGUCUCAAGAGUUUUUAGCAGAGCCGGCCCUCGUACAGCAGACAGCUUAACCAUGCUCAUGCCUUGCACAGAAGACCAAAUUGAGAAAGCAGGAUAGGAAGUUGUUGGAAAUAGAACUCACUUGCUCAGCGAGUAGAAACGUGACAUCAGUGCCAUGGGCAGCGCUCAGUGAGCAAGUGAGCCAGCUGCAGGGUGAUGCUGCCCUCGAGAGCAGGCAGCCGGAGAUUGCCUCUUGCUGGGAGCUGCUCGCGGGUGAGGGGAGUUAAAGGAACGCCAGGACAGCAACGUGGGGACGUGUGACCACAAGGCUGUGCAAAUGUCCCCAGCAAAGGAAGCAAAGAGACCCAGCAGACAGCGACGCUUCAUUAGCGUAACAAAACGCAGCCCCCAUCCCUCCCUUCCCCGGGUGCAGAUGUGCCAGGAGAACGAGCUGUGAAACUGCCCAAGGCCUGGCAGCCGGCUCGGGGCGUGCUCGCUGUGGGAACUGCUGCCCGGCACCUGAGGCUGUGCCGAAGCGGCCAGAGCCUGGCCGGAAGCCAUCCGGGCAGCACGGCGGUGGCAGGAGGAGCAGCAAGGCCGUGCUGCGGCCAGCUCCGGGCUGAGGGCACUCGGCAUCCUCUGCUCUCCGCGACUCGCAGGAGCCCGGUUGCCUGCACCAGAGGCGGGAGCAGCCUGCUCCGCACCCGAGAAGAUCUGUGUCAGCAAGGUGUCUUGAUAGCAAGCUGAGAGGGAUCUCUGUACAGCUGUGACCUUGAGAGACAUCCCUGCUUGUGGGGAGAUCCUGUCGUUCAGCCCAUUGCUGUGCAGAAGAGCUCGAGGGACGCUUGCGCUGUACCCUGUUUAGGGGCUCCGGUUCAACUUCUGCCUUCCAGCAAUGGUCAUCUCACCUGCAGGAGAGCCGCAGAUGGCCACAGCACAUCCAUCUCAGGAGCCCGUGAGCUUUGCGGAGGUGGCCGUGUAUUUCUGCAGGGAGGAGUGGGCGCUGCUGGACCCUGCGCAGCGAGCGCUCUACCGGGACGUGAUGCUGGAGACGUACCAGUGCGUGGCCUCGCUGGCUCCACUUCCAGCCCCCAGACCAGUGCUGAUCUCCCUGCUUGAAGGCGGGGAAGAGCCCUGGAUCCCAGAUGUGCGUAGCCCUGAGGCCGUGCCAGGAGACCUCAGCCCAGCAGGAACUGGGGUUACAGAUCUACUGGAGGAUCUGCAGGAAAGUGGUGUGUCCAAAAGGCGAUGGGGUGGUGUCUGUGUGGAAGAAAUCAGAAGGGAUGUCCAAGGAGGCGUGGAGCAAGGUCAGGCUGAGCACAUCACCACGAUGCCACUGGGAAAGUGUCUGCAAGAGAAAGGAAGGAGCCCACUGGACUCGAACAUAGGUCAAAAGGAGCGUGAAGAACCCAGGAGCAAGGAUGUGUGCCAGAAGGAAAAGCAGAACCCAUGUACAGGGUGUGGAAACAGCUUUGAAAAAGAUUCCAGCAUUGUUAACCACCAGUGUGUACGCUCAGCAAUGAGUGCAUACAAGUGCUCUGAUUGUGGGAAGAGCUUCAAAUGGAGAUCCCAACUCACCUACCACCAACGCAUCCACACAGGAGAGAGACCCUACAGGUGCUCUGAGUGUGGGAAGAGCUUCAAAAGCAGUUAUGUAUUGAAGCUGCACCAGCGUAUGCAUUCAGGGGAGAAACCCUACAAGUGCCCUGAGUGUGGAAAGAACUUCAUAAGCAGUUCUGAAUUGAAGCUGCACCAGCGUUUGCACUCAGAGGAGAGACCCUACAAGUGCUCUGAUUGUGGGAAGAGCUUCAAAUGGAGAUCCCAAGUCACCUACCACCAACACAUCCACACAGGAGAGAGACCCUACAGGUGCUCUGAGUGUGGGAAGAGCUUCAAACACAAUUCUGCUUUUAAGUGUCACCAGCGAAUCCACACCGGAGAGAGACCCUACAAGUGCUCUGACUGUGGGAAGAGCUUCAAAAAGGGAUCCCAACUCACCUACCACCAACGCAUCCACACCGGAGAGAGACCCUACAGGUGCUCUGAGUGUGGGAAGAGCUUCAAACACAGUUCUGCUUUUAAGUGCCACCAGCGCAUCCACACAGGAGAGAGACCCUACAAGUGCUCUGAGUGUGGGAAGAGCUUCAUUAGUAGUUCUGAACUGAAGCGGCACCAGCGCAUCCACAAAGGAGAGAAACCCUACAAGUGCCCUGAGUGUGGGAAGAGCUUUACACGCAGAUCUACUCUCAAUACCCACAAGCACAUCCACACCGCACACAGGCUGUAGAAGCAUCUCAAGAUACGGAGAACCUUCAAAAGCAGUUUCAGCCUCGUUACCUAUCAGCACAGCCACACAAGAUACAGAGCCUGCAGAGCCCAGAACGUGGGAAGAGCUUCAGGCAGAGCCCCAGCCUGGUGACCAACUAUGGAUUUGUGUAGUGAUGAACCUUACAAAUCCCUUGAGCAGAGGAAGAGCUCUGCGGCCAAUCUAAAUCCUCUUUCUCCUUCUUUGCAUGAGAAUUAUGCACAUUGCUCUCCUUCAGCUGCAGUUGCUGUGUUGAGUGGCCAUACAGAGGAGAAUCCAGAGCGGGAUGUGUCACAGCCAGUCAAAAAGUUCUGCCAGGUGGCACGUUUCUGCCAGGGCUGUGUGCAAGGAGAGACACCUCUUACCUCCCCCGUAGAAACUCCUGUGCUGUGGGGCAGCAGGUGAGGACCCAAAGGAAACCUCAGCUGGGCUGAUAUGUCACCAGGAAGGAAGAAAUCCUGUCUGUAGGCUGUGUGGGAAGAGCUUCAUCUGGAGCUCAACCCUCAGUAGAUCCCAGAGAACCAAGCAGUGAGAGUCCCAGUGAGUGCCUUGACUGCAGGAAGAGGUGUGUCCAGAGCUGGGAGCUCAACACACACCUGUGGAUUCACAUGAGGAACCCUACAAAUGUGCAGCCUGCAAGAAGAGUUUUGGCCACACCUCAGACCUGCUGAGCUACCAGAGUGUCUGCACUUGGGAGAAGUACAGUGAGUUCACGUGGCAGGAAGCCUUAGAAAUGCCUCGCAUGUGAGAAGGGCUUUGUGCAGUGGGCAGAGUUCCUCACUGGCCCUACAAGUGUUCCUGGUGCAUGACUGGCACCCUCUGCAGAAGGGACUUAACCCAGGAGCUUCAGAUGGCCUUUCCUUGCUACCCAGAGCAGUUCUCUCACCAUGCCCGGUUUCUUCUGCUCUUCCUGCCAGCAGCUUUUUGAUGCCGUUUCCUAAGGAGAAGUGGCUGUGCAGGGAUGUUCUGUGUGUCUGUGUGCAUGUGUUGCUCUCAGUAAUUUGUGAGUGCACUGAUGAACCUGAGAGAAGGGUCAGGAGAGCAGUAACGUGGCUGUUGGAGGUUUUCUGAGAAUCAUCUGUAGUGGAAGGCGUAGAGGAUGAAUAAAGAAGCUGAGUUGUUCUGAAUCUUUCUUCAGUGUAGUCUUGUUUGUUGUUCUUACAAUGAAUGUCAGCAUGUGGAAUGAGGAGAGGGAAAGGUGCAAGCAGGAUUUGGUUUGGGUGCCACCUCCAGACCAGUGCUUGCUUCUGUAGAAGGCGUUUUGUUCAUACAAUCCUA